AUUCUUACAACUAAGUUACUAGCAACUUACUCGCUCGUUUGACAUCGCCAUCGCCAUCGCUAUACGAAACACUCAACAACACUCACGCGAAGGAGCAGCUCUGCGCCAUGGAGCGCCGCACCUUUGAGGCGCCCAUGGAAUGGGAGUACCAGAACUCCGGGCCCGUCGAUCUGACCAGCCCGUUUGCGCAGGUGGCCAAGAAAAGAUCAGAAAACUUGUUCAACUCGCCACACAAGUCGUCGACGACGCAGAGCACUCCGUUUUCCGCCUUUGGAACGCCGUCGAACCCGCCGUCGAGAUCCUUCUUCACUCCCCAGCUCGCGCCCCGUGUCGUGGCGCCACCGUUUCGAAACCCGGCAUUCACGACGCCGAGAAAUCUGGACGACACGACCACCUCUGAAUCCUCCUUUGCCGAUGCGUCCUUCACCACCGCCGAGGCCUCCUUCACCACCGCCCCCGAGGGCAGCCCAGCGCGCACCGAAGUGUCUUCGUUUGCCAACGAUACGCCCGAGUCGGAGCGCAUGAGCGAUGUGACGGUAGCCAACAGCCCGACGCCGACCAAGAUCGACAAGAAUUCUCGCUACAAGGCCUCGCCUCGGAGGCACGUGGCCGGCAGAGGAGAGAUCAGGCCCGGCAGGGAUGCGCUGCAGGUGCUGAGGAAAAGGAAGAGGCACAAUUUCGACAAGGACGUGAGCAGCGUAGUCCGGCACCUGCCGCGAGACUGGGAGGGCGAUGCGUCGGAUUCGGACAGUAGCAUCGUCUCGUAUCAGGGCGCAUCGCCGAGCAGGAUCGGGCCGCCGCCAUCUUCCUCGCAGCACUUGAGCCAGAGGCCGGCGACUCCCCCGAGCCGCGAGAGCUGGUUCGUCUCGGCGCUGGGCACAAUGGACCGGUACCCCGGCGCGCCCGACCACAUCUACAGGUGGCUACAGCUGGGGCUCAACUGCUUCGUGAUGGGCAUCGUCAUCUUCUGCGGCUGGUCCGUCGUCGAGGCGGUGCGAUCCGACAUUCGCAACGCCAACGAGAUGGCGCGGAUGGAAAUCAUGAGCCGCAUCUCGGAGUGCCAGAACCACUACACCAGCAACGAGUGCACCAAGAGGGACAGGCCGGCGCUGCGUGCGCUAUGUGACGAAUGGUAUGACUGCAUGACGCAGGACUCGGAGGCGAUUAUGCGUGUCAAGGUCACCAUCAAGCAGGUUGCAGAGGUGAUUAACGAAUUUGCGGACGCGAUGAAUUUCAAGGCAUGGGUCAUGUUUGGCACAAUCGCCGUCUUCAUCAUCUUUUCCAACGUCAUGCUGCAAUGGGGACGGUCCAAGGCACAGCCGGCUCCCGUGCACGCAGCCGCCUUCUCGCAUGUCCCCUUGAUGGGCCCCGACGCCACGCCAGCGCACUUCAGGGGGCGAUUCGAGACGCCCAGAUCGCAGCGGUACGCCUACCUUGACGACGACGUGAGGGACGCCGACAUGUCGCCUUCCAGGAGGGCGCUUGGGCCGGGCUUCAUGUACACGCCCUCAGGCCGGCGCAGCCCAGGCAAGGGAGAGCGGCCGCUCAGUCCUAUCAAGUACCAGAGUUCUGGCAAGGGUAUCGAGAGAUCCGGGGCGUCUCUGCGCUGGCAGUGA